GGAUCCUCCAGAAUCCUUUUAGAAAUUUUCAGGAACGCAAAGCGAAAAGUGUUUACGUUUUUUGCAGUGUACUUGCUUGUCAAAAAUGUCUGAACGUUCGCCUGAGUCGCAGAAGUAACGUCAAUAAGUGCAGAAAAAGGAUUUUGAGGAUGUUCCGAACACCGCUGGCCAGGGCUUUGGCGCUGGGAUCGCCCACGAAGGCGGUCGGCGUGGCCGUGAGGAGUUCCGCCACGGUUCCGGCCAAGGCUCCGGAGAAAAUUGAGGUGUUUAUCGACGAUAAGCCUGUCAUGGUGGAUCCGGGAACGACGAUCCUGCAGGCGGCGGCGCUGGUGGGCGUGGAGAUCCCGCGCUUCUGCUACCACGAGCGCCUGGCGGUGGCGGGCAACUGCCGGAUGUGCCUGGUGGAGGUGGAGAAGAUGCCCAAGCCGGCGGCGGCGUGCGCCAUGCCGGUGAUGAAGGGCUGGCGCAUCAAGACGGACUCGGAGAUGACGCGCAAGGCGCGCGAGAGCGUGAUGGAGUUCCUGCUGAUGAACCACCCGCUCGACUGCCCGAUCUGCGACCAGGGCGGCGAGUGCGACCUGCAGGACCAGGCCAUGGCCUUCGGCUCCGACCGCUCGCGCUUCACGGACAUCGACCACACGGGCAAGCGCGCCGUGGAGGACAAGGACAUCGGGCCGCUGGUGAAGACCAUCAUGACGCGCUGCAUCCACUGCACGCGCUGCAUCCGCUUCGCCAGCGAGGUGGCGGGCGUGGACGACCUGGGCACCACGGGCAGGGGCAACGACAUGCAGGUGGGCACGUACGUGGAGAAGCUGUUCAUGUCCGAGCUCUCGGGCAACAUCAUCGACCUCUGCCCCGUGGGCGCGCUCACCAGCAAGCCCUACAGCUUCGUGGCGCGCCCCUGGGAGAUCCGCAAGGUGGACAGCGUGGACGUGCUGGACGCCGUGGGCAGCAACAUCGUCGUGAGCACGCGCACCGGCGAGGUGAUGCGCAUCCUGCCGCGCGAGAACGAGGAGAUCAACGAGGAGUGGCUGGCGGACAAGUCGCGCUUCUCCUGCGACGGCCUCAAGCGCCAGCGCCUCAUCACGCCCAUGCUGCGGAUGCCCUCGGGCGAGCUGCAGCCCGUCGACUGGGAGUCCGUGCUGAUCCAGGUGGCGAAGCGCGUGCGCGACGCGCAGGGAAAGGUCGCCGGCGUGGCAGGAAGUCUGGCGGACUGCGAGGCGAUGGUGGCGCUGAAGGAUCUUCUGAACAGGAAUGGCUCGGAGGUGCUCUGCACCGAGCAGGGCUUCCCCACGGACGGCUCCGGCACGGACUUGCGCUCCAGCUACGUCCUCAACGCCUCCAUCGCCGCCGUGGAGGAGGCGGAUUUGGUCCUGCUCGUGGGCACGAAUCCGCGCUACGAGGCUCCGCUGCUCAACACGCGUCUGCGCAAGGGAUUCGUGCACAAUGAGCUGAACGUGGCCGUUGUGGGGCCGAAGAUUGACCUGUCCUACGAUUACGAGCAUCUGGGCAGCGAUGCCAACACGCUCAGCCAGAUUGUCGGCGGAAGUCACGCGUUCUCCGCCAGGCUGAAGGCCGCCAAGAGGCCGCUGAUCAUCGUGGGCGCGGAUCAGCUGACCAGGAAGGACGGCAAGGCGGUGCUGGCCAGUCUGCAGGGCUUCGCCAGCCAGCUGCAGGCCGGCAAGGAGGACUGGAAGGUGUUCAACGUGCUGCAGCGCAACGCAUCGCAGGUCGGGGCGCUGGACAUUGGCUACACGCCGGGCGUGGAGCGGCUGAAGGAGGCGCAGCCGAAGGUGGUGUUCCUCCUGAACGCCGACGCCGGCGCUGUGACCAGGGAGAGUCUGCCCAAGGACUGCUUCGUGGUCUACCAGGGCCACCAUGGCGACGCGGGGGCGCAGAUUGCGGACGCCGUGCUGCCGGGCGCGGCGUACACGGAGAAGCAGGCGACUUACGUGAAUACAGAGGGCAGAGCCCAGCAAACACUCCUGGCAGUCACGCCGCCCGGGAUGGCGCGCGAGGACUGGAAGAUCCUGCGCGCACUGUCAGAGAUCCUGAGCACGCCGCUUCCGUACGACACGCUGGACGAGAUGCGCAACAGAAUGGAAGACAUAGCGCCCCAUUUGGUGCGCCACGGACGCCGCGAGGAGAGCAACUACCUGAAGGAGGCCUCAGAGUUGGCUAAAGAUUCAGCGCAGAGAAUCGAGGGAUCCUUCGAUGUGGCCCAGAAGGGCCUGCAGGACUACUUUAUGACAGAUCCCAUCUCCAGGGCGUCACCCACGAUGGCCAAGUGCAUAGCGGCGGUGAAGAAGGUCGCCUCGUCCUGAACUGUAGUCUUUCCCGGAGUGUAGAAAAUUACUUUCAAUCUGUAUCUGCGAUUCUAGUUCUCCAUCACAAAUAAAUGGAGCCUGUUCUAGACUAGAUUUAACAGCUUUAUU